AUGCCGCUCGAUACCUCAACGACGUAUCCUCUGACGCGGCUGCGCCUGGAUGGCCGCCGGUGGAACGAACUGCGUCUUCUACAAGCCCAGAUUUCAACGAAUCCCGCCAGCUCCGGCUCCUCAUACCUAUCAAUGGGUAACACAGCAAUCAUGUGUUCUGUUCAUGGACCGGCGGAGGGGCGUCGCGGAGAGGGCAGCGGUUCGGCAGGAAGUUCGGGCGCCGUCGUCGACGUGGACGUCAACGUCGCAGGGUUCGCCGGAGUGGACCGAAAGAGAAGAGCCGGUGGCAGCGACAGAAAAUCCACGCGAAUCGCCACAACACUUCGGUCUGCCUUCCAGUCGCAUCUCCACACCUACCUCUACCCACACAGUACGAUCAGCAUUCACGUCUCGGUGUUAUCCGCCGAUGGAUCUCUGCUGGCGGCGGCCAUCAACGCAUGUACAUUGGCCCUGGUGGACGCCGGUAUUCCCAUGCCCGGGUUACUCUGUGGAUGUACAGCCGGAAUGAGUGGAAGCGCAUCUACACCACGAGACCCGCGACACGACGAACUCGAUCCGCUGCUGGACCUGUCACUGCCCGAAGAACAAGAACUGCCCUCGCUGACAGUGGGGACUACUACAUUAGUGCCCGUGGGCGAGGACCACAUGGACGAUGAGGAGGGUGAGACCAAGGUGGUGGUGCUGACAAUGGACUCCAAGCUUCACUGUACAUACAUGGACACGAUGCUGGCAGUGGGAGUGGACGGGUGCAACCAGAUCCGGGAGUUGUUGGAGGGAGUGGUCAAGGGGAAAUAG